AAGUCCUCGUAUUAACAGAGCUCAUCGAAGAAAAGAUUUCAGACAACUUAAAGUCAUAAGUUCGAAAAUCUAGACGUCGAGCGGAAGGAGAACUCGAAGAAAUGGCCCCGAGGGCUCCGACGAUCAAAGAAGAUAAGACAAUUGAACGUCCUGUUAAAUCCGUUGCCGUUGUUGGUGCCGGUGUAAGUGGGCUUGCUGCAGCAUUCAGGUUGAAAUCACACGGUUUGGACGUCAAGGUAUUCGAAGCUGAAGAAAGAGCUGGUGGAAAACUGAGAAGUGUUUCUAAGAAUGGGUUAAUAUGGGAUGAAGGUGCCAACACGAUGACAGAAAGUGAGAUUGACGUCAAAAGGUUGCUUGAUGAUCUGGGGCUUCGAGUAAAGCAACAGUUUCCAAUUUCACAGAACAAUCGGUACAUUGUGAGAAAUGGAAGACCAGAACUUAUUCCAUCAGAUCCCAUUUCACUGAUCAAGACCAAUUUUCUUUCUACACAGUCAAAGCUUCAGAUAAUUUUGGAGCCAUUUUUACGAGGUGAUUCCUUAAAGAAAAGUAACAUCUCCAAGGUCUCUGAUGAAAAUUUACAUGAAAGUGUGGGAGAGUUCUUUCAGCGUCAUUUUGGGAAGGAGGUUGUUGAUUAUCUCGUCGACCCUUUUGUUGCUGGGUCUAGUGGUGGAGAUCCUGAAUCGCUGUCUAUACGCCAUGCAUUUCCAGAGCUUUGGAAUUUGGAAAGGAAGCUGCAUCUAUCUGAUUGUACACUCACUGACACCUUAUGCAAUGUGCUUGGUGAAGAUAAUAUGAAAUUGAAAUCAAAAGUGCUGUCAUUGUCUUACAACCAUGAUGUGAACUCUGCCUCAAACAAUUGGUCAAUUUCUUAUGCUACAAAACAUAGUCGGACCUCACAACAUCAGUCUUUCGAUGCAAUCAUAGUCACGGCUCCACUGAGUGACGUCAAAGAAAUGAAGAUUGCAAGAAUGGGAAAUCCAUUUCUGCUUGACUUUCUCCCCGUGGUAAAUUAUUUGCCAAUAUCGGUUGUAAUUACAACAUUUAAGAAGGAGAAAGUCCAGAGACCCCUAGAGGGGUUUGGAGUUCUUGUUCCAUCCAAAGAGCAACAGAAUGGUCUGAAAACCCUUGGUACACUCUUUUCCUCCAUGAUGUUUCCAGAUCGUGCCCCCAGUGACCUCUAUCUCUACACUACCUUUGUAGGAGGAAGUCGGAAUAGAGAUCUGGCAAAAGCUUCUCUGGAUGAGUUGAAGCAUGUGGUUACUUCAGACCUUAGAAAACUUCUGGGUGCUGAGGGAGAGCCCACUUUUGUAAAUUGUUUUCACUGGAGUAAAGCCUUUCCUUUGUAUGGACAUGGAUAUGAUUCAGUUCUCAAAGCAAUAGACAAGAUGGAAGAAAGUCUUCCGGGGUUCUUCUAUGCAGGUAACCAUAGGGGUGGAUUAUCUGUGGGGAAAUCAAUAGCUUCCGGAUGCAAGGCUGCUGACCUUGUAAUCUCUAAUCUCAACUCGCUUGAUGGCAGUAGGCCUACAGAGGAAAACUCAUAGGUGUAAUAAGAAAUGUAUUCCUAUUACCUAGUUUGAUCAUACCUCCUCAUGCUUCUUCAUGUAAGAUUAGAUGUUACGUACUGUAUGUAGAAACUAUCUCAUUUAGAUUCUGAGAUGAAUUAAGAUUUGUUUACAGGCAUCAAUAUAGGUGGUCAACAAUUCAUUCCA